AGCCGCAGCCGCCUCGGCCAUGCGGCUGCCAGACCGGAGGCCUGGGCUGGGGCCCGCGCCACCCGCCGCGAGCCGCCCCCGCUGAGUCCGCGCCCGAUAGGGCGCCGCAGGCAACAUGGUGCAGAAGUCGCGCAACGGUGGCGUGUACCCCGGCACCAGCGGGGAAAAGAAGCUCAAGGUGGGCUUCGUGGGGCUGGACCCCGGAGCGCCCGACUCCACUCGCGACGGCGCGCUACUCAUCGCGGGCUCCGAGGCCCCCAAGCGCGGCAGCGUUUUGAGCAAGCCGCGGACGGGCGGCGCGGGAGCCGGGAAGCCCCCGAAGCGCAACGCCUUCUACCGCAAGCUGCAGAAUUUCCUCUACAACGUGCUAGAGCGGCCCCGCGGCUGGGCGUUCAUCUACCACGCCUACGUGUUUCUUUUAGUCUUCUCCUGCCUUGUGCUUUCUGUGUUUUCCACCAUCAAGGAGUACGAGAAGAGCUCUGAGGGGGCCCUCUACAUCUUGGAAAUCGUGACCAUCGUGGUAUUCGGUGUUGAGUACUUUGUGAGGAUCUGGGCUGCAGGCUGCUGCUGCCGGUAUCGAGGCUGGAGGGGCAGGCUCAAGUUUGCCAGGAAGCCAUUUUGUGUGAUUGAUAUCAUGGUGCUGAUUGCCUCCAUUGCUGUGCUGGCUGCUGGCUCCCAGGGCAAUGUCUUUGCUACAUCUGCGCUUCGGAGCUUGCGGUUCUUGCAAAUAUUACGGAUGAUCCGUAUGGACCGGAGGGGUGGCACCUGGAAGCUCCUGGGAUCCGUGGUCUACGCUCACAGCAAGGAGCUGGUCACUGCCUGGUACAUUGGCUUCCUCUGCCUCAUCCUGGCCUCGUUUUUGGUGUACUUGGCAGAAAAGGGUGAGAAUGACCACUUCGACACCUACGCGGAUGCACUCUGGUGGGGUCUGAUCACCCUGACGACCAUUGGCUACGGGGACAAGUACCCUCAGACCUGGAACGGGAGGCUGUUGGCAGCGACGUUCACCCUCAUUGGUGUCUCAUUCUUCGCUCUUCCUGCUGGCAUUUUGGGAUCCGGCUUUGCCCUGAAAGUACAAGAGCAGCAUCGGCAAAAACACUUUGAGAAACGGCGGAACCCUGCGGCAGGUCUGAUCCAGUCUGCCUGGAGAUUCUAUGCUACUAACCUCUCACGCACCGACCUGCACUCCACGUGGCAGUACUACGAGCGGACAGUCACUGUCCCCAUGUACAGCUCACAAACUCAAACCUAUGGGGCCUCCAGACUCAUCCCGCCUCUGAACCAGCUGGAGCUGCUGAGGAAUCUCAAGAGCAAAUCUGGACUCACCUUCAGGAAGGAGCCACAGCCAGAGCCAUCACCAAGUCAGAAGGUCAGUUUGAAAGAUCGUGUCUUCUCCAGCCCCCGAGGCGUGGCUGCCAAGGGGAAGGGAUCUCCCCAGGCCCAGACGGUCCGGCGGUCCCCCAGUGCAGAUCAGAGUCUUGAUGACAGCCCAAGCAAGGUGCCCAAGAGCUGGAGCUUUGGUGACCGCAGCCGUGCACGCCAGGCUUUCCGAAUCAAGGGUGCUGCAUCCCGGCAGAACUCAGAAGAAGCAAGCCUCCCUGGGGAGGAUAUUGUGGAGGACAACAAGAGCUGUAACUGCGAGUUUGUGACUGAAGAUCUUACCCCUGGCCUCAAAGUCAGCAUCAGAGCUGUGUGUGUUAUGCGGUUCUUGGUAUCUAAGCGAAAGUUCAAAGAGAGUCUGCGCCCAUAUGACGUGAUGGAUGUCAUUGAACAGUACUCGGCUGGACACUUGGAUAUGUUGUCCCGCAUCAAGAGCCUGCAGUCCAGAGUGGACCAGAUUGUGGGGCGGGGCCCAACAAUAACGGACAAGGACCGCACCAAAGGCCCAGCGGAGACGGAGCUGCCCGAAGACCCCAGCAUGAUGGGACGGCUUGGGAAGGUGGAGAAACAGGUCUUGUCCAUGGAAAAGAAGAUAGAUUUCCUGGUGAGCAUCUAUACACAGAGGAUGGGCAUCCCACCAGCAGAGACAGAGGCCUAUUUUGGGGCCAAGGAGCCUGAGCCGGCACCACCCUACCACAGCCCAGAGGACAGCCGCGACCAUGCAGACAAGCAUGGCUGUAUCAUUAAGAUCGUUCGCUCUACCAGCUCUACGGGCCAGAGGAACUACGCCGCACCCCCAGCUAUCCCCCCUGCCCAGUGUCCUCCAUCCACCUCAUGGCAGCAGAGCCACCAGCGCCAUGGCACCUCCCCUGUGGGAGACCACGGCUCACUGGUACGCAUCCCACCACCCCCUGCACACGAGCGGUCACUGUCUGCCUACGGUGGGGGCAACAGAGCCAGUACCGAGUUCUUGAGGCUGGAGGGCACCCCAGCCUGCAGGCCCUCUGAGGCUGCCCUGCGGGAUAGCGACACGUCCAUCUCCAUCCCUUCGGUGGACCACGAGGAGCUGGAGCGCUCCUUCAGCGGCUUCAGUAUCUCCCAGUCCAAGGAGAACCUGGAUGCCCUGGGCAGCUGUUAUGCAGCUGUGGCGCCGUGCGCCAAGGUCAGGCCUUACAUUGCAGAGGGGGAGUCUGACACAGACUCAGACCUCUGCACACCGUGUGGGCCACCCCCACGCUCUGCCACUGGUGAGGGCCCCUUUGGAGAUGUGGCUUGGGCAGGGCCCAGGAAGUGAGUCUGGGCUGGGCUGCCGGCCCCCACGCCACGCCCACUCUUGUUCAGUUUUAUAACUGGAGUUUCAGGGCCUUUCUUAAAGUGACAAAGUGACAUAGAGUAGUGUGGGUUGUGAGGAUGCUCAUGGGAUCUCGCUCUCAGGGUUCAUGUGGAGUGGAGAUGAGGCAGGGCUCCUUAGCACAUACAGUAACAUUUUAUAGUUCUUCUCCAACCAGGAAAGGGAGGUUGAGGCCGGGCCCUGGAGGCCCUGGGAGCUACCUAUGGCAGCAAAGCUAGCCCUGCCUAGUCUUCUUGGGGGACAUAUUGCCCUGUGAGUGAGGAGGGACAGCGGGAUGGUUAGCACCUGUGAGUGAGGGUGUGGCAAGUACGUGGGCGGUAGUCGUGGAACAGGCCUGUCUACUGCUGAUGGCCAGUCCUGAGGCCUAUGGGUCUCUCAGUUUAGGCUGGUAGCUCAGGGGUAUAGUAGGUUGCUGGAAAUGGCCCACCCCCACAGCUAACUGUUUACCCCUCCAUUCCUGACCGCCCCAGGAAAGCAUUACCAGGCCCACUGUUUGCGUGUGGUUGGGUGAUGCCCCUCACCCCUGAGUAACCUAGCUAGAGAGCUGCCAACGUCUUCCUCCCUCUUCCAGGUUAUGUGGAUCUUUCCAUGGAAGCCAUCCUUAGGUCAUGACCCUUUUCCUGGAGCUGAGGAAGGGGUGAGGCCUUAGGGACCAAUUUGGAGCUUAGAAUUAAUCCUUAGACUCCCCUGACUUCCAUCUCUUAGGGGAAGACUCAACUCGCAGACUUUUCUGAAAGGGUUUCCUCAGCAGGUUCUGGCUGCCUCAUCCCUGGCACUGUAGCUCAGGAGGUAUGAGUUGACACUUCAUGGCCUCUGCUCUUUUCCUGGUGUGGUGCUGGCCUCCAGGCUGCGGCCAGCACUUCAAGAGAACCACCAGAUAAAGCAGACCAGCAUGGUCCUUAGCCAGGGCACCUCCUUGCCUGCUGCCCCCUUGGCUCUACAGAUUCAGGCAGGGCUAAAUGACAUGACGUCUUCAAACUGCCAGCUCUUUCUACACAAGAGCAUGGCCUUUGAGCCUGGUCAAGGAUCCUUCCCACAGAAGCUGGCCAUCCAGUCAUUUAUCCACUAAUAGGUCCCUGGUCUGUGGCCCCUUGGUGUUUGAGGAAUUGGAAACACCUUGUCCUCUACUCUGGUGAGGAGUCAUCUCUGUCCAUCCUGUGAGUGGGCAUCUUGGACCAUCCAACAGUCAGCUUUAGAGGGAGACAAGGUAGAAUAGAGCCCUCAGUUGUGGCCCCAUAAUAUCUGGCCCAGAGGUGCCUGGCAUUGAAUGAUAACAUUUCGGGGCGGGGGCCCCAGAGUCACUUGCCCUCAGCUUUUCUGGUCAGUGAGGGCAAGUACCAUAGAGUUCGUGCCUGAACAGAGCUCUAUCUACUUCUUCCAACCUUUUGAAAAGUGUGGUCUGGCAGGGGUAGAGGCAGCUCGUGGGGGGAACCUGUGUUCAGCAGGAGGUACCCCAGCCCUGAGGAGAGCUUGAGUCAUGUCUCUGCCAGGGACCUGGGUAUUUGGAGAGCUAUGUCUGUU